AUGAAUAAGAAGAAGAAAGUGAAUGAAUGGAGUUGCAGCGUAAUUGAUGGCUUUCAACUGACUUUCAAGCCUAGACUUGAUUUGGAAGAUCCGGAAAUGGAUUACGAGGUAGAGGAGCGUGAAGAGAUUAAAUUAGAAGAGAUGGAGAUAAAGAAGAUUAAGGAGAACAAUAACUUUACCAAAGGCGGCAAUGCUAUUCCUGCCCACAAACUUGUCCUUUGUGCACAAUUCCCAGCAAUUAAGAACAGUAUCUUACUGAGCAAACAUUCCAACCACUCGAAUUGGAGUCGUUUUCCAAAUGACAUUGUUAUGGCAGUCGUGGACUUCGCCUACACUGGCGAAAUAAUGAUAAAUGUUGAGAAUGUUCUGGGGCUAUAUCUGCUGGCUCACAUUCUUGGCUGCCAAAAGCUGAUUGACUGGUCAACGGAUUUCAUCAAGACAAGACUUGAUCGACUUAAUUUGAUGGAGGUUUGGUUGGCAGGCAAUGUCACUUCAAACGCUCAUCUCAUUGGCGCCUGCAUACCAAGAGUAGCAUGUGAUUUUGAGAGAUUAGCCUCCAAUCAGCCCUUCCUCCAACACGUGGGAGUCGACCAAAUUCAACUCUUACUGCAAAGUCCUUGGAUUUGUGAUGGUAGCGAAACAGUGAAAUUGAAGGCACUCUGCACAUGGUUGCGUGUCUCGACCGUGAAUGCCGAACUCUCUACACGCGAAAGGCACUUCAAGCAACUGCUGGAGUUGAUCAACAUGAAUAAAUUGUCGAAAGAGCGUGUAAUUGAAGCCUCAGUGGGUGGAUUAGAUUUCAAUUUGUCUGAAAAUGCAAGGUACUGUCGCAUUUUCAUUAUUGAAUAUUUGGUCAUUAAGGAGAGUAGCGUUUAUACUCUGAGUUGUAUCGCCAGCUUAUCAAUAGUGGAAAGAAUCAAUCCACAAAAUGGUGAAGUGACUGCUCUUGAUCAAAUGAUCGAAGUGAGAUAUGAUCAUUCGGCAGUAGCUCGUGAUCAUGCAAUUCUUAUUUUUGGUGGAUAUAAUUCGCAAAGUGGCAAAAUUUUAGACUCUUGUGAGGAAUUCCUACCUGCAACAGACACGUGGAGGAAACUGCCCCCAAUGCCAACGCCUAGGGGUGCCACGGGAGCAGCACAUAUACCCGGUGUUGGUGACAUAGUUGUUGGUGGGUAUACAGGAACAACACAUGAAGUCAACAUUGCAGAAAUCUUUUUGACAACAUCAUCGCCACUAGGGCAUGCAGGCAGUUGGUGUGAAAUCACACCCAUGCUUCAUUCGAGGUUUCGACCAUCAGCAGAAUUUUUCAAUGGAAAAGUAUAUGUCGCUGGCAAUUUGACUUCUGUGGAGAUGUUGUCCUUAUUUCCUGAAGGACCUUCUCAGUGGACCGAAGUGAUUAAUACCACUUUUCAGCCAAGAUCGAUCAUCUCUUUUAAUGGAAGUCUUCUGUUUGGCUAAAUUGACAUGUGUCUACAACGGGAUUAA